CCGCCGGGGCAGCUGUAGGAUUUGGAAUGGAUCCUGACUUACAAAUUGAUAUCAUCACAGAGCUGGAUCUGGUGAAUACAACCCUGGGGGUAACACAAGUGUCAGGACUACACAAUGCCAGCAAAGCAUUUUUAUUCCAAGAUACAGAAAGAGAAAUCCACGCAGCACCCCAUGUGAGUGAGAAAUUAAUUCAGCUCUUCCGGAAUAAAAGUGAGUUCACGUUUCUGGCCACUCUGCAACAAAAGCCAUCGACUUCUGGAGUUAUACUGUCCAUCAGAGAGUUAGAGCACAGCUAUUUUGAGCUGGAGAGCAGUGGCCUGCGGGAUGAGAUCAGGUAUCACUACAGGUUUAAUGGGAAGACAAGAACAGAGGUGUUCCCAUAUCGCCUGGCAGAUGGACAGUGGCACAAGAUUGCUGUGUCACUUAGUGCAUCCCAUCUCCUGCUCCACGUGGACUGCAACAGGAUUUAUGAACGUGUCAUUGAUCCCCCAGAAACGAAUUUGACACCUGAAAGCAAUUUAUGGCUUGGACAGAGGAACAGGAGACAUGGUUUCUUUAAGGGUGUUAUUCAAGAUGUGAAAGUCAUCUUUAUACCUAAUGGAUAUAUAACACAGUGUCCUAAUCUGAAUCGCACAUGCCCAACCUGCAGUGAUUUCUUAAGUCUGGUGCAAGGAAUCAUGGAUUUGCAAGAACUCCUGGCAAAAAUGACUGCAAAAUUAAAUUAUGCAGAAACAAGACUGAGUCAAUUGGAAGACUGUCAUUGUGAGAAGACUUGUCAAGUAAAUGGAUUGAUCUACAGAGACAAAGACUCAUGGGUUGAAGAUGAUCACUGCAGGAAUUGCACAUGCAAAGGCGGAGUUGUGGAAUGCCGAAGGAUGUCCUGUCCCCCUCUGGAAUGCCCUCCCGACGGCCUCCCGGUGCACGUGGAAGGCCAGUGCUGCAAAGUGUGCAAGGCCAAGUGUAUCUAUGGAGGCAAAGUGCUAGCAGAAGGUCAACGAGUAUUAACCAAGAGCUGCAGGGAAUGUCGAAAUGGAGUUUUAGUAAAAGUAACAGAGACUUGUCCACCACUGAACUGCUCAGAAAAAGAUCACGUUCUUCCAGAGAACCAGUGUUGCAGUGUUUGUAGAGGCCAUAACUUCUGUGCAGAAGGACACAGAUGUGGUGAAAAUUCAGAGUGCAAAAACUGGAACACAAAAGCCACUUGUGAAUGCAAGAACGGUUAUCUGUCUGUCCAAGGGGACUCUGCAUACUGUGAAGACAUUGAUGAGUGUGCUGCCAAGAUGCACUAUUGCCACGCCAACACCGUGUGUGUGAACCUGCCUGGCUCCUACCGCUGUGACUGUGUCAUGGGCUAUGUCCGUGUGGAUGACUUCUCCUGCACAGAGCAUGAUGAGUGUGGCAGUGGGCAGCACAACUGUGAUGAGAAUGCAAUCUGCACCAACACCAUCAGGGGACACAGCUGCACCUGCAAACCUGGGUACGUGGGCAACGGGACCAUCUGCCGAGCAUUCUGUGAAGAAGGGUGCAGAUAUGGUGGAACUUGUGUAGCUCCUAACAAAUGUGUCUGCCCUUCUGGAUUCACUGGAAGUCAUUGUGAGAAAG